AUGCAUUUGUCCAUUGAGCACGAUAACCAUCCAGGCUCUAUUGGUGGUCACAGCAAUAUCAGCACAUGCAGCCCCAACGCCCACGCCAAUGAAGACUGGUCCAAAAUUUCCGAUCCCACAGAGCGCCGUCGCGUUCAGAACCGCAUAGCUCAGCGUAACUACCGCAGGAAGCUGAAGCACCGACUGGAGAAUCUGGAGAGACAAGCUGCGUGUUCAGCUUCUCCGGAACAAUCACACGCAAAGCCAAUUUUAACAAAGUUGUCUGCGACCAAAACUCGAACAAAGAUGCGAACGUCUAAGUCUGUUGCAGAUGUCAAGCCUCACAACUCGCAUUCAUCGGACCGACCUUUGUCCUGCGAGUCCUACACGAGUUCAGAUGAUCGCCAAAACAUUUUCGCUCAACAAUGCACUCGCCAGCCUUCGGAAUUCUCUCCACAAGCCCUCUACUAUCCUUCGAUGUCCCCAUGCGACGUUAACCGGCAAUCAGCCUACUUCCAAUCUCCUUUCUACCAUACUACCCCGAAUAACCACAAUGAAAUUGCCACAUAUCAGACGGAAUACAGCGAUCCAGUUUUCUCAGUAGUACCUAUGGUCCCUUCGUUGCACACGGCGAGCAAUAUCGCCUACGACGAGGAUUACAGGAGUCUAUUCAGCAUAUGCUACGCAACAAAGGCAGACUUCGAACUCUGCCAACAGCAGCAACAAGCACACCCCCAGAACGCUCUGCCGGAUGGUCUUCCGGUACAUAUUUCUCGUUGA